CAGAGACGCUUUGUCUCCGUGUAGUCUCUGGGUUGUUGCUGUGCUGUGUUUACAUCCUCAGCGCUCUUCUUCUCCAACCCACCGGCCAUGGAACCAGGGGUCCCACCGCCGCCGCCAACCCCACCGUCAUCCCCCUCCGCCGGCGCAACCCUCUUCGGUAAAUACCAGUUGGGUCGCCUCCUCGGCAGAGGAAGCUUCGGAAAAGUUUUCCAAGCUCUCUCACUCAUCGAUAACAGCGCCGUUGCCGUCAAAAUCAUCGACAAGGCCAAAACCGUAGAUGCAGCCAUGGAGCCGAGGAUCGUGCGAGAAAUCGACGCCAUGCGUCGCUUGCAGAACCACCCCAACAUACUCAAGAUUCACGAGGUCAUGGCGAGCAAGACCAAGAUCUACCUCGUAAUGGAGCUCGCCACCGGCGGCGAGCUGUUCUCGAAGAUCUCUGGUCGCCGGAGACUCAAAGAAGGUGUGGCUCGCCGGUAUUUCCAGCAAUUGGUAUCCGCUUUGAACUUCUGCCACCAGAACGGAAUCACUCACCGUGAUAUUAAGCCCCAGAAUCUGCUUCUCGACGAAUUCGGGAAUUUGAAGGUUUCCGAUUUCGGUCUCUCGGCUUUGCCGGAGCAGAUCAACAAUGGGCUUCUACACACGGCUUGCGGUACUCCGGCGUAUACGGCCCCGGAGGUCGUUCGCCGGCGAGGCUACGACGGUUCGAAAGCCGACGCUUGGUCUUGCGGCGUCAUUCUCUUCGUCCUUCUCUCGGGUCUUUUACCGUUUGACGAUACUAAUCUGGUCGCCAUGUACAAGAAGAUCCAUCGCCGGGAAUACCAGUUCCCGGACUGUAUUUCGAAGCCGGCGAGGUAUAUAAUCUAUCAGCUUCUCGAUCCGAAUCCCGAUACAAGAAUGAGCAUCGAGAAGCUCAUGCAAAACGCGUGGUUCAAGAAAUCGCUCCGAGUCCAACCCCAAAACAGUCUCUUUGAUUCGGAAUCGUUGUCACACGAAAAGAAUUGCAAACCGGAAAUGUUUUCGAUCACGAACGCGUUCGAUAUAAUAUCCUUAUCGUCGGGAUUGAACUUGUCGGGGCUUUUCGAAACGACGGCGUUUAAGAAAGAGAAAAGGUUCACUACGAAUUUGGUGUCUGCAGAGAUUGUGUUGGAGAAGGUGAAGGAAGUAGGAGAGAGAUUAGGGUUCAGAACGGAGAAAGGGAAGGGAUGGAGUAUCGGAUUGGGAAAAGGGAAAGUGGUAUUGAUCGUAAAUAUGGUGGAAAUCGCACCCAAUUUGUUAUUAGGGGAAGUGAAGGUUGUUGAAGGUGGGAUAGAGUUUGAGGAGCUUCAUUGGGUUAAUCUCAAACAAGGGUUAGAGGGAGUAGUUGUUUCAUGGCAUAAAGACUCCAUAUGAACGGAAAAAAGAAAGUCCGAUGACCAGCCGAGAUGGUGGUGAUGAUGGUUAUGAACAAUUUUGUACAGUGGUGAGCCUGUGAUGUUCACUGAAUUAUUUCAUAGGAAGGAGGAAAUUAGAGAAAUAAUUACAAGUGGGUAUGAGCUAAAUAUUUUGGUGAAAAAAAGCACAGGUUGAUCUUGUACAUGAACAAGGAAAAAGAAACAAAAAAUUACUACGUAGUUUAUUUUAGUUUCUUAAUAUUUUAGCUGGGAUUACAAUUUCCCUGUUUGGGUUUUGUUUUUUUGUACAUUAGAUUGUUCUUUAUGAUAGCCUAAUAUCUAAUAUAAUUCACGUUAGUUUGUGCAAAA